GCGACAGGAGCCAUGAUCCUCAUCAUUGCGAUAGAGCUCAUUCACCAUAGACAGAAGGGUUGGGAAAUACCGCUUACACGGCUGUUCCGCCUCAGGAGAAAUCGAACUAGAGUGACAUCUAUGAGUCACUUUCCAAGAAAGGACCAACGUUGAUAUUGCCGCUCCUGUAUAAAGACUGAAUAAGACUGCUAAGAAGUAACAAUUUCGUGUCCGUGAAGUGUGUGAGUGCUACGAAAAACAUGGAUCUUCGUAAGGUACGUGAUGAGGAGAAGGUGGAUCUCUGUCGAAAAUACUUCAUUGGUGGUUUUUUCCUUCUGCCAUUUCUAUGGGCUGUUAACGCAGUCUGGUUCUUCAGGGACGCAUUUUUCCGCGAGGAUUUUGUGGGCCAGACUGAAAUUCGGAAGUACGUUGUCAGAUCUGCACUUGGUGCUUUUGCCUGGCUAAUCAUCGUCGUGUCGUGGAACGUUGUGUUCCAGUUAAAUCGAACUAGCUGGGGUGCGGACGGUGAUAAACUCUCGGUUAUCAUACCCCUUGGCAUACCCUGAACAGGAACCUCAUCCGCCAUCACACGAGCUACAACUUCUACAGAGAAUAUGCAAGCUAUUGACCUGAUGACCAUUAUUAUUGGUAGGAAGAGAUGAAUGAUCGUUACGCACAUCGUGUAUGUCCUUGUUCGCUUGGGUACGGGUUAUGGUCAAGCUCUAUAUAAGGGAUAUAAAGCGACACUUCUCUAAUCAUAUUAGUAAUAAUAAUGAUUAUCGUAAUUAUAAUAAAGUAUACAUGUUCCUGAACGGCAAUAUUUGACUUCAACAAAUAAAUCGGCCAUAGGGAAGGUGAGCUCUUCACCUGUUGUGGAGUGAGAAAGAAUCGGAACAUACAAGGUUUGGGUCAAAUGGCUCUAACAACAUCCCCUCACUCCGAGAUUCUUACUACUGUUCAAAAAUAUACGAAACUUCAUAGGAUGACAGCGAACUAAUACAGACAUAUAUAGUGAAUGUAAGAUACUAUGUAAACUCUCAUUCAAAGAGCAAGGGUCUUCUUGAUAAGCUCACUAGAAUAAAAUAGUGUGCUUAAUAGUAGUGCGGCCAUCGAUGUAUAUAGAAAGAACACAAAAAAACAGAAUCUGCAAGUAAGAGUUCGUUAAAAAAAUCUCCACCAACAAGAACGAAUGAAAUUGAGGCUUUCAAUGUGUACAACUACUGGUUAAAUAAAAUAGUUUUAUCCAAUAAGCAUUAAAUAAAGUGUCAUUUCUACUUCA